UCGACCUCCCAUAUUCAACAAGACGCUCCAGUAAUAAUCCACUCACCUGCGCGACCCAACCCGACUCGCCCUAUCAAACUGUCCAGACUGGUCGCCAGCCGCUGCACCUGACUGCGCACCCCGUCCAUCUUCAGACGUGCCUGCGUCGCCCGCUUGACCACACCACGACGACUGCACACGGGCUCGCCAGCAACGCACCAGAACACACCCACGCACGAUGCCGCCUCACGGGGGCCGCUUCCCCGGCCACAAUCUCUCCAACCCCUUUGCACACCUCUCCGCCCCGAUACACCAGCAGCCACAGCCACAACCGCCUCUCCCACAACAGCAGAACAUGCAGCAGCACCCGGGCUUUGGCGGCGGCAACCAGGCACACAAUCUCAACCUCUUCGGCCACGGCCAGAACAGCUUCCAGGCGAGUGCCGCAGCCCUGGGCGGCGGGCUUGGUGGGGCAGGCUUGGGCGCCGCAGCAGCGCUUGGAGGGGCAGGUGGAGGGACGGGGUUGGAUGGUCAUGAGGCGCGCAUGCGGUUUGCACAUGGUGCUCAGCUACAGCAGGAUGCCGUACGCGGCCAGGACGGCGCAAAGGGCCUUCAGGGACAGCGGAUACGCGACGUCUGGCGCUCCAACUUGCACCAAGAGAUGGACCUCCUGCGCUCGCUCAUCGACCAGUAUCCCUACGUCAGCAUGGACACCGAGUUCCCCGGUGUCGUCGCUCGCCCCAUUGGUGACUUCAACUCAAAAGCCUCGUAUCACUACCAGACGGUGCGUUGUAAUGUCGAUCUGCUCAAGAUCAUUCAGCUAGGCGUCACCCUGUUCUCAAUACAAGGCGAGGUUCCUCCGUCGCACCUCGACUCUUCGCAACUCAACUACCAACCAAAGUCGUUGCAGCGCUACGCCAACAACAUUAUCGUCUGCCCUUGCACGUGGACAUUCAACUUCCAGUUCUCGCUUGAAGAUGACAUGUACAACGAGGAGUCCAUUCAGAUGCUCAAGAAAUCUGGUGCCGACUUCGACAAACACGCAUCCCAGGGCAUCAAUCCUGAAGAGUUUGGAUCGCUUCUCAUCACAUCUGGCAUGACGCUUACCGAAGACGUCAAUUGGAUUUCCUUUCACUCUGGCUACGACUUUGCAUACUUGAUAAAGAUGCUCACUUCGAAACCAUUACCCGAAGACGAGGACGCAUACCGCAGGCUUGUAGAAGUGUUUUUCCCCCGGUUGCUGGACGUCAAGUAUCUUUGGCGACACGCCAACAACCUCGUCCGCCGUGGUGUGAUUGGAGCCACAGCGACCAACAUUCUCAACAAUCUGGGCACCAAGUCGGGGCUUCAAGAUCUUGCGGACGAACUCGGCUGUCAGCGCGUCGGAAACUCACAUACCGCCGGAUCUGAUGCAUGGCUGACAGGAACUGUCUUUUGGGAGAUGAAGAAGAAGAUCUUUGAUAACCAAGUUCCCAACGAGAUGAACGGCCAGAUGUGGGGGCUCACAGGCGUUGGACCGCCAGCAAGCGCAACAGCACAAGCUGCCGUGCUUGCUGCACAAGGCGCUCAAACCCUCUCAGGCUUCCAGGGCAUGAAUGGCGGUAUGAUGUUCCAUCCUGGGCAAGCCAGACAUGGCGGUGAAGGACCAAGCACACCGACUAGCCAUUCUGUGGGCCUGGCGACUACACCAGGGCCUGGAGGACACGGCAUGAUGACACCAGGUGGUGCUGAGACCAUGUAG